GAAGAUCCACAGCUUGUUUUAAUCAUAGCUGCUGACUGCACCAGAAUGAUCAUCGCUUUGUAUUUUGUUGCCCUGCUGAGCUCCACAGAGGCCUGGGGGCAGGUAGGCCUGUGGAGCGAGGGGAGUAUGAGGAACGGAACAGGUUCAAGCAGUGGUGACAGGUGUACCUGUGAUGCCUUCUUGCCCAGUUCCAUCUUUCCUGCAAGAGACCUGGUGGCAGUCGAGCAGACCACUGUGGAGAUCAGACACAAAGUGGAGCUUGAGAUGGGCAAGAUUGAGGAUUAUGAGACUAAGAUGACAGUAUAUGUAGAGAAGAUCAUAAAGCUAACAGCCGAAAUUGAAAAGGUGGAGAAGAACCCAGAUGCCUACAAUGAUGCUUACUUUGAAGAGGUAAAGGUGAAGAUUAAACAAGUAGAGGCCCUGAUUGCGGAGCUGCAAGUUUCCAUUAAAAGUUCCACCAUGAUCUUCGAGUCUCUCCGUGUACAGAUCAAAAGCCUGGAAACAACUUUGAAUGAGCUGGAGAUGACCUACGACAAGAACACGGUUCUGAUGACCCGGCGUGAAUACAUCAUGGUCCAACUGCAGCUACAGGAAUGCGAGAGACGUUACCAGGAGAUCUUCAACCCCAACAUUGGGUCUUGUGCACACACAGGUAUCAUCAAGGUCAGCAAGCCCAUAGUGAGCCACCUGAAUGCCCAUCUGAGUGCUGGCUACAAAUUUGGAGGCUGGGGGAAAGAUUCCAAACCUCUUCCUGACAGAGAAUCUAUGUACUUUUACUCUGGGUACACAAGUGCUUCAAUUGUUGACAUUAGAUUCUACACCAACUAUAAGAAUCUCAUUUUGAGAAACCACUUCCAGCAUCACAACUUACACAGCAGCUGGACUGGUACGGGCAACAAUUUUAUCAUUCGUGACAACACUCUUUAUUAUCAGAUCAACAAUCCAUUUGGGUUGGCCAAACUGAAUUUCACCACAAUGAAAUACGAGUCAAGGGUUAUUCCUGGGGCUAGCACGAGAUUCUCCUACACCAACACCCACAAUCAAAACUUUGACUUUGCCGCCGAUGAAAAUGGGCUUUGGGUGACCUACUCCACAGAUGUGUCAGCUGGCAAGCUGGUCAUUGCUAAAAUUGACGAGCCUUCCUUUGGGAUAGCAGAGGAGUGGCAGACGGGCCUCUAUAAACCAGGUGUGAGCAAUACCUUCAUGGUGUGUGGCGUUCUCUAUGCAGUCAGAACAAUCGAUAUCCAAACUGAAGAAAUAUUUUACACAUACGAUACCAAAACCAAGAAAGAGAGCUACAUUAGUGUUCCCUUUGAGAGGUUCCAAGAUAACUUUGUGAAUCUUGACUACAAUCCCACUGACCAGAAGCUCUACAUGUACAAUGACGGCUACUAUGUUAACUACCACCUGUGGUUCAACCACACACUAACAGUCACAGGGAAACCAAAAGUCCUUGGUACCUGAUCAUCAUUAUUGAAGUAUCUCAUCUUCUGAGUGAAACAAUGACUGUGUUUCUUUUUUCUUGUAGUUUGUGUAGUGCAUCAUCUGUCCUUUAUCUGCUUCAUUUCAAAUAAAGAUUCUUCAGCAUUA